AUGAGUAAGAACGAACUUACUCCAUCAAGCUCAAGUGUAAAAUCAAGCGACUCGAGUGGAGUACCAAAACCGCUCACUGGUAACAUCAUUGACCAGCAACCACCCCGCCAACUACCUGAAGACCUUGAAGAUCAAACGUCAUCACACUCGCAUCAUUUCAAAGAAUCCGAUGCUGGGGAUGGUACCUUACGUGAAGAUCAAUACAUACAUGGAACUCGUUUAAUGCUUUGUUUUGUGUCGCUAUUCCUUUGUUUGUUUUUAUUCGCAUUGGACCAAACCAUUGUUGCUACAAUCUUAUCCACGGUUGGAAACAAGUUCAAUGCGUUUGAAAAUGUUGGUUGGUUAUCAUCGGGCUUUUUGUUGACCAUGGCGGUGUUUAUUCAACCUUAUGGGAAAUUAUCCAUCAUAUUUGGUAGGAAAUGGUCCAUGGUUGUUGCCGUUGUCAUAUUCGAAGCUGGAUCUUUAAUGUGUGCGUUGGCUCCAACAAUGAAUGUGUUGAUUGGAGGUCGAGUACUUGCUGGAAUUGGAGGUGCUGGUAUUCAAGGUUUGACAUUUGUUAUUGUGUCUGAAGUUGUGCCUAUCAACAAGAGACCAGUUGGAAUGACGAUUUUAUCUGUGACAUUUGCAGUCGCGUCGGUUUUGGGCCCAUUGAUUGGUGGUGCCUUCACUACCCAUGUUACUUGGAGAUGGUCAUUUUAUAUCAAUUUGCCUGUGGGUGGGUUUGCCUUGGCGGUGUUUUUGUACUCAUUCCGUCCACCGUUUCCAAGAGUGGAUAUUUGGCAAGAAUUGAAAGCGUUUGACUAUAUUGGAACGUUUUUCUUUAUUUCAGGAAGUGUGAUUUUCUUAUUGGCAAUCACUUUUGGUGCUUCUGAUUUUGCGUGGGAUUCCGGUGCUGUCAUUUCUUGUUUUGUACUUGGCCCAGUUCUUUUGAUCUUUUUUGCCGUUUGGAAUUUCCGGUUUUCCAAGAACCAAAUCAUUGGUACUGAUGUUAUUACUACUCCGCAAAUCAUUGCAUCUGCACUUUCAAUAUCUGGAGUAUUUUCAGCAUUCAUUGUCACAAUGAUUUAUGCCUCUGUCUAUUUUCAAGUUAUUCGUGACUCAAGUGCAAUGGGUGCUGGUUUACAUUUGCUUCCUUGUAUCAUUGCGGUUGUUAUAUGCUCCAUUAUUUCGGGAGGAACGAUUCAGAAAUCCAGAUACGUUAAACCUUGGGGUAUCUUUUCGGGAGUUAUGGCUCCAAUAGGUGCUGGGUUGUUGAGUUUACUACGCGUGGACUCUCCAUUUUCAAAACAAGUUGGUUUGUUGAUUGUUAUGGGUAUUGCUACUGGAUGUCAGUUUCAACCUGCAAUCAUUUCUGCUCAAAUCAAAGCGCCAAAGACACCAGGUGGUACGAUCAUGACAACAAUUUUCGUCAAUGCGUCCAGGUGUUUGUCAUCUGCUAUUGCCGCUACAUUAUCUGACGCUGUAUACACUGCAAGUUUAAAAAAUCAUUUCAAGAACGCAAUUCCCAAAGCUAGCCCCCAAAUUCAACAAGCUUUACAAUCAAUCGACCUUUCAAGUCUCAUGUCCAAUAACACGAUUUUGAAAACAUUGGACCCAGUAACCGAGAGAUUUAUCAAGGAGCAGAUGAUGAAGUCUAUUCAGAAUGUGUUUUACAUGUGUAUUGGUUUUGCUGCUAUAUCCACAUUGGCCUGUCCAUUCAUCACUAAUAAGAGAUUGCCUGACAUGAAGAAGAUGGCCAAGAAAGAGGAAAAAAAGGAGGAGAUAAUUCAAGGGGAUGCAACCGAGGCGGAAAAGGAAGCACAGUUGAAACAGCUCGAUACUGAGCCAGUACUCUCCAUUCCAGAGGCGGAAUUGAAUGAGGAAAAGAAUUUGGAGACAAAGUAA